AUGCCCCGAAAUACCAUUACCUCGAUUGCUGCAUUUCUUGAGACCCUUCAAAAAUUGGCGGAUAUUGCGCAUUGUGGUCAUAGCGGACUUAAAGAAUUAGGUAUCUCAAUGACUCGUUUAUGCCUCAGGGAACGGGGUUUUGAAACUAGAUUGCGAGCAUUUAACAGUCACCUCUCUGAUGGAUUAGCCGUUCCCUUGGCUGAUCGCGUCAUUGAGUGGAAGCGUUCCACCAGUCAACUGGAUAGAGAAUUUACAAAGGAGCGUCGAAGGGCUGUU